UUGCAAUGUGUGGUCACGCUGUGCAAAAGCAAAAAGCAAAAGUAUUUGCGUUGAAAUUUCAGCCGGACGUGUUGCGGGAGCGCGUCAAUUGAACCGAAUCUCACUGAAAUAAAUACCGUGCGUCUGCGUCGUUUGUAGCAAUAAUAUUGAAAAGGCUAACCGGACUGUUGAACGGGACUCCACAAAAGCACGAGGAACGAGGAAAGACGACAGUCGCAAAGCAAAUAAAACGUUGGUCAUUCAGCAGCGCAGAGGAGCUUCAUUAGAAAGAGAGAGAUUGCGUGUGUGUGUGUGUGUGUGGGUGCGUGUGUGUGUGGCGAGUGUGCGUGCGUGUGUGUGUGUGUGUGCGGCGACAGAGCUUUGACUUGAUCGAUAGUCAGAGUCAAGCAAAAUGUCUUCGCCAUUAGCACAGAACAACAACAACAGCAGCAGCAACAGCAGCCAAUCGCAGUCGCAGUCAACAGCAGCAGCAGCAGCAGCAGCAGCGGCAGCGCAGCAGCAGCAAAAUCAAAAGCCAAAUUCUGCAGGCAGCGGCGUUAAUAACACACACGAUAAGAAUGCUGGCGGUGGCGGAGGCGGAGGCACAACAACGGGGACAUCAUCAGGGGCAGGGUCAGCGACUGCAACCGGUGGCGGAGGCGGAGGAGGUGGUGGUGGAGGUGGUGGUGGGGCCGGACCACAGAGCCCGACAAAGCGCAGCACAAUAUCGACAAAGGAGCGUGUGAUCGACAGCGUACCGUUUCCACCCAGCCGCAAGUUGACGUGCUCCGAUGUGUUCGAUGCACGGACCGGGAAACCGCAUCACGAUGUACUUAAACAGCACUUCAUACUCGAGGGUCGCAUCGAGGAGAGCGCCGCGCUGCGCAUCAUCCAGGAGGGGGCCACGCUGUUGCGACAGGAGAAGACAAUGAUCGAUAUUGAGGCACCGGUGACGGUCUGUGGCGACAUCCACGGGCAGUUCUAUGAUCUGAUGAAACUGUUUGAGAUCGGCGGAUCGCCGGCAACGACAAAAUAUCUGUUCCUUGGCGAUUAUGUGGAUCGGGGCUAUUUCAGCAUUGAGUGCGUCCUCUAUCUGUGGUCGCUGAAAAUCACGUAUCCGCAGACGCUGUUCCUGCUGCGCGGCAACCACGAGUGCCGGCAUCUGACCGAGUACUUCACCUUCAAGCAGGAGUGCAAGAUCAAGUACUCGGAGCGCGUGUAUGAUGCGUGCAUGGACGCGUUCGAUUGCCUGCCGCUGGCGGCAUUAAUGAAUCAGCAGUUCCUCUGCGUGCACGGCGGCCUCUCGCCGGAGAUCCAUGAGCUGGAGGACAUCCGGCGGCUGGAUCGGUUCAAGGAGCCACCAGCCUUUGGCCCCAUGUGCGACCUGCUCUGGUCCGAUCCAUUGGAGGACUUUGGCAACGAGAAGAACUCCGAUUUCUACACGCACAACUCAGUGAGAGGCUGUUCGUAUUUCUACAGCUACGCCGCCUGCUGCGACUUCCUGCAGAACAACAAUCUGCUCUCGAUAAUACGAGCGCACGAGGCGCAGGACGCCGGCUACCGCAUGUACCGGAAGAGUCAGACCACCGGUUUCCCAUCGCUGAUCACCAUCUUCUCGGCGCCCAACUAUCUCGACGUCUACAACAACAAGGCGGCUGUGCUCAAGUACGAGAACAACGUGAUGAACAUCCGCCAAUUCAAUUGCUCGCCGCAUCCCUACUGGCUUCCCAACUUCAUGGACGUGUUCACCUGGUCGCUGCCCUUUGUCGGCGAGAAGGUCACCGAGAUGCUGGUCAAUGUGUUGAACAUCUGCUCCGACGACGAGCUCAUGACCGAGGAGAGCGAGGAGCCGCUCUCCGAUGAUGAGGCGGCGCUCCGCAAGGAGGUCAUACGCAACAAGAUCCGAGCCAUUGGCAAGAUGGCCCGUGUCUUCUCCGUGCUGCGCGAGGAGUCCGAGUCGGUGCUGCAGCUGAAGGGGCUGACGCCAACGGGCGCUUUGCCCCUCGGCGCUCUAUCGGGCGGCAAGCAGUCCCUCAAGAAUGCCAUGCAGGGCUUCUCGCCCAAUCACAAGAUUACCUCGUUUGCGGAGGCCAAGGGACUCGAUGCGGUCAACGAGCGGAUGCCGCCGCGUCGCGAUGCCACGCCUUCGCCGGCGGAGGAGGGACAGAAAUCGCUGUCGGCGGCGGCGGCAGCAGCCGCAAAUGCGAAUGCAAAUGCAAUCAAUGGAUAAUCACUCGAUGAACAACAAGAAGAAGCAGUGUUAACAGUCGAAGCAAAAGCAAAAGAAGAAGAAGCAGUGCAGCAAGUGAAUGCAGUGCAGCAAGCAGUGCGGUCAUCAGCAUCAUCAUCAACAGUAGCAGGAGCAGGAGCAGCAGCAGCAACAGCAAUAGUAGACAAGCAGUGCAGCCGCUGUAACUGCCGCAGCAGCAGCAAAGCAGUUGCCAAGCAGCAGCAUCAGCAGCAAAGUCAGUUUUAGAAGUCGACAGUUAAGUAAAUACACACACACACAACAACAACAACAACAACAACAAUAUAAUAUACGUGGUACGGGAGUGCGUGCGAGUGGGAGCGAGAAAGCAAAUCAAAUAUAAAAUUGAGCAACACAGCAGCAACAAAGAGCAAAAGUUUUAAGCAGCGGCAAACAGCGCCAGCAUACACACACACACACUCACACAUACAGCAUUACACAUUCACAUUAACACACACACACACACACACAUACAGAGCAUGUCAGGCACGCAGCCGCAAGCAAGAGCAAACGCAAAAUGUAAAAGCAAAAGCAAACGCAAAAUGCAAAGACAGCAGGAGAAAUUCGAGUUGAAUGAUAAAAGUUGAGAAAAUGGGAAGCGUUUAAUUUAUUGGUAUUAAAAAACAAAAAGAGAACAAUUUAAAUAAAGAUGAACAAAAAACAAAACAAAACAAAACAAAGAAAAAAACCUAAUUAUAAAAUGCAGUUAAAACCAUAUAGAAUUAUAUACAUACAUAUAUAUAUUUAUAUAUACACACACGUAUAAAUACAUAUAUAUAUAUAUAUAUUAUACAAACAUAACGUAUAUAUAUCAUCAAAAUUUUGUGCAACGUUAUAUCAAAAAAAAAAGAAAAGAAAAGAAAGAAAAAACAAGAAGAAAGAAAAUGAUGAAGCCAAGUUUACGCCGCUCUGCUGGCGUUGACGUCGCUGUCGCCGCGCAGUCGCAGCAAAUUAGGUAAAUUAAAUUAUUUGCUAAAAAGAAAUACAAAAUAAAGAUACAAUUUCAAAAGAGCAAGAGAAACAUGCAACAAAUAAAAUCCUUCUUAUGUAAAAGCUCGUCUCUGUAUUAAGAAAACAAAACAAAAAAAACAUCAUCCACAAAAAAAAACGGUAAUCCAAAAUACCCAAAAAACGAAACAAAACUAAACUAAAAAAAAAAAAGAAUUCUAAAAACAAGAAAAAAAGCUAAGAAAUUUUACUACUUUCGUUGUGUGGCGCCGAGGGCGACUUGAAAACAAAAACAAAAACAAAACCAAAAGAAAAUGAUAAUGAAAAUGAAAAUGAAGAAAACAGCUAAACACCAAUAAUAAGCUAAUGUUAAACUACUUCCUACAACAACAACAACAACAACAAAAACAACAGCAAUAUUUUACUACAAUCUUUUAUUACAAAAAAAAAAACAAAAAUGAAAAAUACAAGAAAAAACAACAGACAACAAGCUAAAAACGACUGAAUCUCUCUCUCUCUCUCUCUGUCUUUCUCUCUGUCUCUUUCUAAGCAACAACUACAACUACAAAAUGUUCUCUGUCUUUUUCUAACACGCUCUCGCUGUCUCUGUUUGUCUUCGACUUUCUCAUUCUAUCACUCUAUCUCUCUCUCCCUUUGACACACACACACACACACUUACACACACACAUACACACGUGCGUCUGUUGAGUAAACUGAAAGUUUAAGAGCAACAUUCGUUGUCGUCGCCAUUGUCGCCUCACACUCUCUCAUCUGGUGAUUGUGUAUGUGGUCUUUAUAUACGUGCCAUCUUUGUCGUAGUCAUUAGCUGAUUAUAUAUAUACAUAAUUAAUACCGUAUACAUAAAUAUUGUAUAUGAUUAAACUAAACAAAACUCUCAACUCUGGCUGCAGCGAUGCAGGCGUCAAAUGUGCAGCAGCAACCAACAGCAAAAGCAACAGCAGCAAAAGCAACUCUUUAAUCUCUAUCACAAACAUCGCGCGCGUUUUCGCUCUGUCUCUCUCACUCUCACUCUAUCUCGCUCUCAAUCUUUCUCUCACUCCCUCUCUCUCUCUCUCUCUCUCUUUGUCUAUUUUAUCACUCUACUGCGAUCAAACAGCAGCAAAAACGUCGAAUCUCAAUUCAAAGCGCACUCUGCGCCUGUUAGGUAUGCAAUAAAAAAUUUCAGACACUGCUUGCUUUCUUUCGACUGCUUGCUUUCUUUCGACGCCAAACCUCCCUCCAUCCCUCUCUCUCUCUCUCUCACCAACUACAUUUGCGCCUGCGUCGCCGGCGUGUGUCAACUUCUCUUUUAUACUUAAUCGAAUUUUAGUUAUUUGUUAAAACGAUGCUAAACAAACAAAAAAAAAAGAAGAAAAACAAAAAAUAAACAACAAUUAAUAGAACAAAUGAAAUUGAUGCAAAAAACAUUGCAAACUGAAAUAUGUCAAAAAGAAAUGUGUGCAAAAUGCUAUCAAAUAAUUGGAUUGUUUUCAUUUAGCUGCUAUCAUUAUUUGAUCUUUUUUUUAUCUACUUUUAUUUAUUGUAAAAAAAAAAAACAAAACAAAAACGAUGUAAUAUUUAUGCAUAUAAAUUAUAAAUGAAAUUGUUGUUUCUACCUUAAACAAAAAAAAAAAAAAAAAAAAAAAAUACAAAACAAAAAAGAAAUGCAUAUGUUUUUACUUUUUGUAUAUUUACAUACAACAAUUUAUUGUUUACUACACUCUAAGUAAAAUAAGUUAAAUGAAUUUAUAAAAUAAAAAUGCAAAACAUUGAAAAACAAGCAACAACAACUACAACAAAAAAAAGUUCUCUGCAACAAAAAUAAAAAAAUAUAUUCUAUGAUUGAAACGUUACCAAAACCAAUUAUAAAUGGAAAUGAUAAGGAACAUUAAACACACACAAACACACACACACACUUACACUUACUAUGUACAUUUAUUUUUAAGUUUACAUUUAAAUGUUGAGAAAGGAAAAAGAAGAAAGAAGAGAAAAGAGAAAAGGAAAGUGGGUAAAAGGGGGAAAUGAAAUGGUAAAUCAAUUCAAAUUCGAUGAUAAAGACGAAUGUAAUAAUACCAAAUGCAAAUGCAAACAUAUAGCAAUUUGAAAUACUUUAUAAACAAAUAUACAUACAUACAAAACAUAUACAUAUAUAUAUAUAUAUAUGCAUAAGAUGAAAAUGAUGAUUAUAUACACAUCUCUCUCUCUAUAUAUACAUAUAUAUAUAUACACACAUGCAUGCAUUGAACAUAUUUGAAAUUUUGCAAAUUUGAAAUUCGAAAUCUGAAAUCGAAAAUCGUUAGCCCAGAGACAGAAGAGAGAGAAGACGAUAUAGCAGCAGUAACAGUUAAAAUCAAACCCAGAGUUAAUGAAAAUAGUAAUAAUAAAUACAUGAAAUUAUGCAGAAAAUGUUGCCUCUUAUAUAUACAUAUAUAUAUACUACAACACAAACACACACAAAUGUUGAAUUAAGUUUACAAAUACAGCAACAAAAAAAUAUACUUAAAUCGCGCCUAUAUAUUGCAUGGGUACAUGCGCAACAAAGAGAGACAGAGACAGAGACAGAGAGAGAGUGAGCGAGCGAGAUAGCUAGAGAUAAAUGCGAAACAGAGCAAGGAGGAGAGCGAGAAAGCGAGCGAGCGCAACAGUAGAAAUUGGUUAUUAACUCUAGCACCUAAAAGCAGGCAACAGUUUUUUUUUUUUUUUUUGCCUUUGCCUUUGCCUUUGUAUGAGACUGUACCCAUGCGCGCAUACAAUAAACAAUAAAUAUUAACGUGAAUUCAAACAGAAAAACCAAAUACAACAACACUUUGUGCAUACAUAUAUGUAAGCGUAUGUAUAUAUAUAUACACACACACACACACACUGCAUGUAUGUAUAUACAUAUGUGUAAGCUACUUAAGCGUUACAAGAUUUAAGCGUUUCAACACACUCAUUUUCCCAAAAAAAAACAAACAAAGAAAAAAAAAGAAAUUACACAAAAAUAGUCAAAGAAGCAAAAAGUUAAUGUUUAAUGCAAACCAAAAUAACAUACUACAAACCAAAGUAAAACAAUUUUACAAAAACGUUUAUUGCAUUUCAAUUCCAGAAAUAAAACUAUAUUUAAACAUUAUUGCAAAGACGAGCAACAACCAGAAAAACAAAAACAAAAGCAAAAGAAAAUGCGAUGCAACAAAAAAUUACUAUGAUUAUUUUCAACAAAAAUGAAAACAAAAGUAAAUUAUAUAUUAUAUACUUAUAUAAAAAGGAAAAACAAAAAACAAAAGAAAUCACAAAAUGAAUUUAAACAAAAGCAAAACCCAUACAUGCAUACAUACAUACAUACAAACAUACAUACUUAUAUAUAUAUAGUAUAUAUACAUACUUUUCUCCUUCAAUCCCGACCCAUACAUGCAAUUUAGCGCGCUCUUCUAACAAAAAAACAAAAAGCAAAGAAAAAAGAAAAUUAAUAAUGUUUAAUAUGCAGCUAACAUAAACUAAGCAAACAACAUAUACAUAUAAAUAUAUAUACGCGUCUACAUACAUAGCUGUGUGUGUAUAUGUUUGUGUAUAUAUGUGUGUGUAUAUAUUUAUUUAUAUAUAUUUAAAAAGAAUACAACAAAACAAAACCAAUACUUUUAUACUAUAUACACAAAAUAAAAAACUAAACUAAAACUUUGAGGAAGAAAACAAAAAAAAAAAAUGAAAAAAAAACACACAUUUCUGAUCUGAUCUUUUUUCCAAGGCUCACCACGCAACCGCUCUUAAAACGCUCUUCUCGACUCUUCUUUCCAUACACAUACAUACACAUCACUUUUUAAUGAUACCUUUUCUACUACAGCCACAAUAAAAUUAUAAAUUUACCCAAAAAGCAAAAAAAAACAAAAAACGAAAAAAAAACACAAAUUAAAUUAAUUGCAUAAUAAAUUAAAACUGAAAAUGCAAAAAAACAAAACAAAACAAAAAACAAAAAUAUUGUUACAAACCUUAAAAAUAUUUCAAAAAACAAAAAAAAAAAUGGAUAAUUGAAAAAACAACACAAAUAUAACAUUUACAAGUGAAUUAAGUAAUUAUUUCGUUCUUUCUUCUUGUGCCUAUUUUUGUGAAAGAAAGAGAUAGAGAGAGAAAGAGAGAGAGAGAGGAACACUUAAUCUGCAAUAAGUAUAUGAUUUAAAUAUGUAAUUAUAGUUUUUCUGUUGCAAUAUACACUGAGAACUGUUGAACAAUUUAUUGCCGUUGUUUGUAAAAUAGCAUAAAUACUUACGUACUUACUUAUGUACAAUCACAUUGUUUUAAACAAAUUACUUAAUUAAUUUUUAAUCAUUUUCUCUCAUAAGUUCGAAAACUGAAAAUAAAAUUUUCAUUUUGUUUUACACUUCAAAUCGAAUCAUUUUUCCCUAGUACUGUGCGUGUGUCUGUCUGUCUGUCUGUGUGUGUGUGUGUGUGUGUGUGUAUGUGUGCGAGUGUUGGUAUGCGUGUGUUUUUGAAAUUAUUAAUUUCAUUAUUUAUGGCUUAGUCUAGUUUUCAGCAAACAUUUUGUCUAUAGUUUUUUUGUUUUUUGUUUGAUUUGUCGUUUCGUUUUGUUUUUUUCAAGUAUUUACGGCGUCUUCAUUGCAAAAGAUAGAGAAAUCCCCCUUUUAUAAGUAAUAUUUGUAAUAUUUAUGUAUUUUAUCUAAUUUUUUGAUACAUGUAUUUUUCAACAUCUACUUCCUGCCCUCGAAUGCUUUAAAACUUUACACAAGAAAAAACCAAAAAAGAAAAACUUAAAUAUAUAUUAUGAAAAGAAUUAAAACUUUACCUUUUGGAUAAAUCAAUUUAAAUGCAUAUUUUAUAUAUAUUUAAACAUUUAUUUAUAUGCAUAUAUACAUAUAUAUACAUAUAUACAUAAAAUAAAGUAAAAUAAAUAUAAGUUGAUGAAACUUUGUCAAAGUCAAAGCAAAAAGUUUAUAUACUUAUAUUUAAACAAAAACAACAAAAAACAACAACAAAUAAUAUUAAAGCAACAUUAAAACAAAUUAAUAUUUAAAUGAAAUUAUAAACAAAACAAAACAAAACAAAAAAAAAACACAAAAACAAAAACAAAACAUCACAUCUAGAUAAAUCUCUUAAAAAUUUUCAAUUUUAUUAUUAAACCGAAAAUAAAUAAAUUAACAAAUUUAACAGUGAAAGCAUUAUUAUAUUAUAAAUUUAUAAAUGUAUUGCAAGGGCAGCGGGCUGGCAGAAAGCAAAAUUGCAAUUUCAAAAUGCAAAUUGCCAAAUUGCAAAAUUUGCGCCGUUGUGACAAAAAAAAAAACAAAAACAAAAAUUAAAA